CCGCAGGUUAACGUUAGCUAUUUCAAUGACUUGUUUUUUGGGCCCAUAAAUGCUUUAUUUUUUAUCUGAAGCAUGGCCAUCCCUAUAGCCAUCUUGGACUGUGAUCUACUCCUGCAUGGUCGAGGCCACAAGACCCUUGACCGCUUCGACCUGGACUCAGUCUCAGACAGUUUCCUCCUCACGCAAUUUGGCUUCCCCAGAGGCUUUAUCUUGUAUCUGGUGGAAUUACUCAGAGAGGGUCUAUGCAGGCGAACCCAGCGCUCCAGAGCCAUCAGUCCUGAGGUCCAGGUGCUGGCGGCACUGGGUUUCUACACAUCAGGUUCAUUCCAGACAUCUAUGGGGGAUACGAUAGGUAUAAGCCAGGCGUCAAUGUCGAGAUGUGUGUCCAAUGUGACGAGAGCCCUGGUGGAGAAAGCACCUCAGUUCAUCACGUUCAACAGAGAUUUAACCACCAUAGAGCAGUCCUUCCGGGAGUUUCAGAGGGUCGCAGGAUUUCCUGGAGUCCUGGGGGUGCUGGACUGUGUUCAGGUGGCCAUCAAAGCACCAAACAGCGAAGACUCCUCAUAUGUGAAUAAGAAGGGCUUUCACUCUGUGGCCUGUCAGCUGGUUUGUGAUCCCCGAGGACUGUUACUCAGCGCAGAAACACACUGGGCAGGUGGACUCCAGGACACUGUUGUUCUAGAAAGAUCUGCUCUUUACAAACAGCUGCAGGACACAGAGCAGGGCUGGCUGCUGGGUGACAGCCGUUACCCUUUGAGGAAAUGGCUGAUGACGCCAGUUGACUGCCCAGAAUCCCCUGCAGAGUUUCGAUACAAUCUGGCCCACGCGGCUACACGUGAGAUCGUGGAUCGAACCUUCAGAGCCAUCCAAACCAGAUUCAGAUGUUUAGAUGGCACCAAAGGAUACUUACAGUACUCUCCAGAGAGGAGUUCAUCCAUCCUGCUGGCCUGCUGUGUUCUCCACAACGCCUCCUUGCAGUCUGGAUUAGACGCCUGGACUCUGGAAAGAACAGAGCCUCUCGAGCAGCCAAAGAGCCUCAACCAGAGACCCGAGGACCGUGACAGCCAGGCAGAGGAUCUUCGAAGGCAGCUCAUAUUCAAACACUUCAGCUGAAGCUGUGGGGGUUAAAG